AACGUCGAGCGACACAAAGACUGAACUUUAAGGAGUUUGUUCCCUUCUGCUUUCUACUUUACUGCCUCUGUUUUGCGACGCGACGCCAAAGGCGACAGAAAGGUUCCUCUUCGGUUUAGGCUCUGCGUCAUACUCCACAGCAACCAUGUUUGAGGCUCGCCUGGUCCAGGGCUCCAUCCUGAAGAAGGUGCUGGAGGCCUUGAAGGAUCUGAUCACAGAAGCCUGCUGGGACGUCAGCUCCUCCGGCAUCUCGCUGCAGAGCAUGGACUCCUCUCACGUCUCGCUGGUCCAGCUCACGCUGCGGCACGACGGCUUCGACUCGUACCGCUGCGACAGGAACCUGGCCAUGGGAGUCAACCUCAGCAGUAUGUCAAAGAUCCUGAAAUGUGCAGGAAAUGAGGACAUAAUCACCCUCAGAGCGGAGGACAACGCUGACACGCUGGCUCUAGUCUUCGAAACCCUCAACCAGGAGAAGGUUUCUGACUACGAGAUGAAGCUGAUGGACCUGGAUGUGGAACAGCUCGGUAUUCCAGAGCAGGAGUACAGCUGUGUGGUGAAGAUGCCCUCCGGGGAGUUCGCGCGUAUCUGCCGUGACCUGUCUCAGAUUGGCGAUGCCGUAAUGAUCUCCUGCGCCAAAGAUGGAGUCAAGUUCUCCGCCUCUGGAGAGCUGGGCACGGGGAACGUCAAGCUGUCGCAGACCAGCAACGUAGACAAAGAGGAGGAGGCUGUCACCAUUGAAAUGAAUGAGCCAGUCCAAUUGAUCUUUGCUCUGAACUACCUGAACUUCUUCACAAAGGCCACGCCGCUGUCCAAGACGGUCACCCUCAGCAUGUCCGCUGAUAUUCCCCUCGUGGUGGAGUACAAGAUAGCCGAUAUGGGCCACAUCAAAUACUACCUGGCUCCAAAGAUCGACGAGGAGGCCUCCUAAAGAGUUUGUGACAGAUCAAAAAGGAGAGUAAAGAGAAGUGGAUUACUGGGGCUCAUCCUGAGUAACUGAAGGGCUGAGGUGGCCUGGCUGUGGUCGUAAAGGUUAAGAGCGUCUGGCUUUCGGGCCAGACGACGAGUUCCAGCACUUGCUCAGGUUUUCCUAAUUCUCCAUUUUUGCCUGUUUCAGGAAAAGUCUUCAUGGUUUUGUUUUUUGUAGAUAACACACCUGUAAAUAAGUCCCGUGGUUUUGCUUUGUGGACCAGCUCCGGAUGUUUUUGUAAUGAUGAAUUCUGUCCAAAAAUAAAUUGAGUCAUUUCAAA